CGCCCGCAUCCCGGCGGUUCCCGAUUCUCUCCGGCGGCGCGGCGACAUGGUGAAGCCGGGCGGCGGCGGCGGCGGCGACCGAGGGGCCCCGCUGGCUCCCUUCCUCAGCAAGUGCUACGAGAUGGUCGAGGACGAGGCGGCCGACCCCAUCAUCUCGUGGGGGAGCGCCGGCGACACCUUCGUCAUCUGGGACAUCACUCAGUUCACCCUCCAAUUGCUCCCCCACUACUUCAAGCACUCCAACUUCUCCAGCUUCAUGCGUCAGCUCAACAUCUACGGUUUCAGAAAAGUUGAUUCAGAUCGUUGGGAAUUUGCAAAUGAUCAAUUCGUCAAAGGUCAAAAGCAUUUGUUGAAGAAUAUACGCAGGAGGAAGAAUGUUCAUGUUGUGGAUCAGAAGAUAUCAUUGCAGAAGCAGGAUAAUUCCGUUGAAGUUGAUAAAAUAAAAAAAGAUGGGCUUUGGAAAGAAGUUGAAAAUUUGAAGAUUGAUAAGAAAGCCCUUUCGCUGGAGUUAGGUAAACUUAGACAGCUCCAGGAAACUUCAGAGAAUAAGUUGGUCCUCUUGAGAGACCGUAUUCAGGGAAUGGAAAAUAAUCAGCAGCAGAUGUUGUCAUUCUUAGUAAUGGCGAUGCAAAACCCAGGGUUCUUGGUUCAGCUGCUCCAGCCAAAAGAAAAGCACUGUCGUGUGACCGAAAUGGGUAACAUGCUAGAACAACAAGGAGCAGAAAAUGGAACGUUGAUUUCUGAGGGAACAAUAGUGAAGUACCAGCCUUUAACUGAUGGAAAAACAAACCCUGAAUUAUCCCCAUUAUCAGAUUUGGGGGAAACACCAAAAUCUGGCCCUUCUUUUGAUGGGACAAGAGAUGUUUUAAUGAACAACGAUCUUAUGUCGAUUCUUAUGAAUGAAAAAUUCUCUUUGGAUACUCCGUUUAUAUUUCCUGACUCUCCUGAUGAUGGUGCAUGGGAAAAACUUCUUUUAGCUUGUCCUUUUAUUGAGAGCGCUGGAGAGAUUAGGCAAGACAAGGAAGGGCCCAAUUAUUUGGGCAUGGAGACAGAAUCAGCAUUUCCUGGAGCAAGCUCAGUCUCUCAUGAUUUUGAAGCUUUGAUAAGACAGAUGGGGAACCCUCAGGAAGCUGAGACUGAGUCAGAAGUUGAUGGAGAUGAUUGGGAGGACACUCCAAAUGUUGAUUUUCUAGCGGAGCAAAUGGAAUAUUUGGCUUCGGAGUCCGGUCUCAAUCUUCAGGCAACAUAGAGCAUUUGGCUUUUGGAAGGGUAGCUGCAGCUUCAGUGUUUUAGGGGCUACUCUGGUUUCUUCUGCAUGCUAUAACAUAUCUUGGAAAUGCAUCCUCCUAUCUCUGCCACUGGAUGGAGCUUUCCUGCAAAGAUGUAAGUUAAUUUCUAACUGCCGACUUUUAAGCAAUCAGACACGGCAAUGCACGCAAUGCUGGGAAGCUAGUGCAGUUAACCACGAUUGCAAUGCGGAGUGGAGACUACAUAAUCUGAUUGAAUUAAAAAAAAAAGUCAUGGUACCGUGUUUUCUAUCCUGGAUAUGACACAGGAAAUUUUCCCGUUGAAGUUCCUUUGUUGAUGGUUACAUUCAUGUUGGUUGUUGACAGAGUUCAUAUGGGUGGGCAACUCGACAUGAUCUUUUUCUUGCAGCCUGUGGGGUUAACCACAAAAUGUUUAUGUACCUUCUCAAAUGACAUUGUAAAUUACUUGCAGAGAAUCACAAUACAGAUGGACGCCACCUUUUCGGUGGUUUAUUAGUA